AUGAAUUUCUGCGAGAGCUUUUGGUCGGAGUUGCGAUAUGAUCGAUUAAAGAUUGCGGCGCAAGUCAGUCGCCCUGGUGAACGAGGCGUGACCCAAGAGGAAUUUUACCGCGCCCGGCACGAUAUGUUUCGGAAUCCGGAGGCCAAGAACAUUGACGCUACCUCGGUUUCUCAUGAGAUGGGCCAUCUCUUCUGGGUUGGAUAUGAGAAGAUAGGUAAUCAAGUCUAUUCGGGAGGGCUCAACUACCCUAAUGGUUUUGAUUCAUGCCAGCAUGUAGAUGAAACAUACGGCUUGUAUAGCUGUGCGCUGGCAGCCUGGAACGAAGGCAAACCCUUCGCAGGAGACCCUCAUACUUCGUGGAAUUCCGAGCAGUAUGCAACAUAUGGGGAAUAUGUUCGCUUUUUCGACUUAUUGGGAAAAAUGGAUUUCUGGCACCCGAACCGCAAGCCUGUGAAAAUUCCGGUUCAACUCAAGUUCGACUAA